AGUGAAUCCUGUGAAUGGCCACUUGGUCUCCGGUUGAACCGGAGAACCCAAAAGUGACCUCCUCUGGAAGACACAGCAACGCUCAAGUUUCGAGUGGCGGAAUCGUAAGAAAUCCAAGCCUCGCUCCUCCUCCCACCCAUUACAUCGGCUCCCCAAGGUAUGGUCCUCACAGAUCUCAGCGAAUUGAUGUCGAUCCCCACGUGCCUACCCAGCGGGAGCGGGUCGAAAUCGUUGCUGAAGAUGUCGAAUUCCACCGCCACGAAGCGGUUGACGGUUGUGUUGAGCGCGUGAGCGCUGUCGACGAGGCCCAGAGUGCCUCCGGCGCUGGAUGGAGGGAGCUUGGAGCCGAAGGGGGCGAGGAAGAAGGCGAGACCGUCGCCGUAGCCAUCUUUGUACUGAGAGAAGAUGCUGAAGGUGAAAUGGGUCUGGAAGUCGGUGAGGUUUCGGGACUGUGGGUCCCACAGGGGUAAUGGUUCCCGGUAGGUUGCUCGGCCGAGGGAGGAAUUGAGGGUGGAGCCCUGGAGGUUUCGGGUGAGCUGAAUCGCGCCUUCGGCGGGGAAGGCUUGCUCGUAGGUGAUGUUGGUGUCGUCGCUGGUGAAGGCUGUAAAGUUGAAACUUAAGGCCGACGACGGCAGUGGAGCUUUGAAGAGGCUGGCGAUGGUGAUGAGAUUGUGAACAAGAAGAAGGAAAGGCUUGGCCAUAGUGAUAGAGCGGCAAUUUGUGGGAUGGCCAACACGAGACAGACGCGUAGAAAGGUAGCUUGGGUUUUCAUUUUCAAGAGAGUUUGCGGGAGCUGCUUGACUAUCUUUAUCCGUUGACUGUUGUAAGUCGUCGUCUCUUUUUCUUCAUUCUUUUUUUUUUUUUUUACAAAACCUUUUUCUUUAUUCUUAGAUGGAUACUACUUACUAGUUUUCCUACAGCGGU